AUGCCACCUACACUCCCGCCCGCGUCCUCCCUGAAGGAGCUGCCACAGGAGCAACAAUUCCAAGCUCUAGACACCCUCUUCGAAUCCUCACCAGAGCUUCACACCCUCAUGGCCCCGGUCCUCGCCAACCAAACUUUCUCAUCCUACACAAGCUUAAUCGACGCAGUCGGUGGUCGGAUGUCAGCCCUCUCGGCUGCAAAUUCACCGACCGACAGAGACAUUCUUGUAGGGAUUCUCGGGUCGCAUCCCCGCUUGGGACAGCCGAAGACAGCCGCCGCUGGUGCUGGCGGCGCAGAGCAUCUGAGCGAACUGAGCAAGAAAGAGCAGGCGAAUUUGAAUACGGGCGCAGAGGAACAAGCGGAGAAAUUGCGCGCGCUGAAUGCUGAAUAUGAAGAGAAGUUUCCGGGGCUGCGCUUUGUGACGUUCGUGAAUAAGCGGAGUAGGGAUGUGAUCAUGGAGGAAAUGCGCCAGAGGAUUGAUCGGGGCGAUUCUGAAAAAGAGAUCGAGGAGGUCAUCCAGGCCAUGUGUGAUAUCGCCAAAAGUCGGGCCGGGGAGUUGGUAUAG